CUCCACCUCAUGUCCCAACACAGGUAGUCCAUGUUUAAGGACCAAGAGGAAGAAAUGGACUUUACGGGUAGAAGACUAAAACAGCAGAGCUGAGUGAGCUGUGACUUACAUCUAAUAUGAGUCUCUCUGGGGAGAGAGAGGAGGAGACCACUGACUCUAAAAUGUGUCUCUCUGGGGAGAGAGAGGAGGGGACCAGUGCCUCUAAAAUGAGUGUCUCUGGGGAGAGAGAGGAGGGGACUACUGCUUCUAAAAGGAGUCUCUCUGGGGAGAGAGAGGAGGGGACCACCGCCUCUAAAAUUAGCCUCUCUGGGGAGAGAGGGGAGGAGACCACUGCCUCUAAAAUGAGUCUCUCUGGGGAGAGAGAGGAGGGGACCACUGCCUCUAAAAUGACUCAAGACACCAGUUCUAAGAGUGUCCAGAAGCCCAGAGCAGAGUCACCUACAACCAGCCUGCUAUCAAUGAAGAGUGAUCAGCCACCUGAUUUCAGCCAGGAACCAUUACCAGAUGACAAUAAGGAAGUGGACAGUUUGGACAGUGAGGAUGCAUUAAAGAUCACACACAACCUUCUGGACAGAAUAAGUCAAACUCUGCUGACAGUCCAACAAGACAUUAAGGCUAAACUGAAACACAAGUAUCAACACAUAUCUGAAGGAAUUGGACACAAUGGAAACCAAAGUCUGUUCAAGGACAUCUACACAGAGCUCUACAUCACAGAGGGUGGAAGUGGAGGGCUCAAUAAUGAACAUGAGGUUAGACAGAUAGAGAUGGCAUCCAAGAAACAAACCACACAAGAGACAUCAAUCAAAUGCAACGACAUCUUCAAGCCUUUACCUGGACAAGAAAAACCUAUCAGAACUGUGCUGACCAAAGGAAUCGCUGGCAUUGGAAAAACAGUCUCUGUGCAGAAGGUCAUCCUUGACUGGGCCGAGGGAAAAGCAAAUCAGGACGUUCAUUUCAUGUUUCCUCUUCCUUUCCGUGAUCUGAACCUGAAAAAGGACCAAUGCAGUCUGAUGCAACUUCUUUCCCACUACUUCCCAGAGCUGAAAGAGAUUGACAGCAUUGAAGAUGGUGAAACCAAAACUGUUUUCAUUUUUGAUGGUCUGGAUGAGUGUCGACUUCCUCUAGACUUCAAAAACAAUGAGAAGUGCUGUGAUGUCACGAAGCCAACCUCAGUGGACGUGCUGCUGACAAACCUCAUCGAGGGGAAUCUGCUUCCCUCUGCUCUCAUCUGGAUAACCUCAAGGCCUGCAGCAGCCAAUCAGAUCCCUCCUGAGUGUGUUGACCAGGUGACAGAGGUACGAGGGUUCAAUGAUCCACAGAAGGAGGAGUAUUUCAGGAAGAAGAUCACAGAUCAGAAUCUGGCCAGUGAAAUCAUCAAACACAUGAAGACAUCAAGGAGCCUCCACAUCAUGUGCCACAUGCCAGUCUUCUGUUGGAUAUCAGCCACGGUCCUUGAGAUGAUCCUGAAAGAGACAGAGAAGGAUGAAAUUCCCAAAACUCUGACCCAGAUGUACUCACACUUCAUGCUCAUCCAAAUCAUUGUGAAGAACAGGAAGUACAACAAAGCCACAGAGACAAACCCAAGGGAACUGUCUCAGUCAGACAAAGAGAUGAUCCUGAAACUGGCAAAGCUGGCUUUCCAACAGCUGCAGAAGGGCAACUUGAUCUUCUAUGAGGAGGACCUGAGAGAGUGUGGCCUUGAUGUCACAGAGGCAUCAGAGUACUCAGCAUUGUGUACAGAGAUCUUUAAAGAGGAUUCUGGGCUGUACCAAGAAAAGGUCUACAGCUUUGUGCAUCUGAGCAUUCAGGAGUUUCUAGCAGCAGUGCAUGCUUUAGAAUCAUGUCUGGACAAGAAGGAAAAUGUUUUCUCCCCCACUAGUGAUGAUGAAGAGAAGGAGUCAAUCCAGUUGUCUGACUUACACAGGAGCGCAGUGGACCAGGCCUUGAAGAGUGAGAAUGGACACCUGGACCUGUUCCUCCGCUUCCUUCUGGGUCUCUCACUGGAGUCCAAUCAGAAUCUGUUAAGAGGCCUUCUGACACAGACAGGAAGUACAACACAGAGCAAUGAGGAAACAGUCAGGUACCUUUCAUACAAGAUCAAGGAGGAAUCCUCACCAGAAAGGAUCAUCAACUUGUUCCACUGUCUGAAUGAACUUGGUGCCAACUCUCUAGUUGAAGACAUGCAGACCUCCCUGCAUUCAGGAACUCUUUCAGAAACAGAGCUUAAACCUGACCAAUGUUCAGCCCUGGCCUACCUGUUACUGAUGUCAGAGGAGGUGCUGGAGGAGUUUGACCUGAAGACAUACAGCACAAUAGAGGAAGGUUAUCAGAGGUUAAUGCCGGUAGUGAAAUUCUGCAAGAGAGCACUACUGGUUGACUGUGAACUCACAUAUAAAUCCUGUGAGACUCUGGCCUCAGCUCUGCAGACACCAAACUCUCCCCUGAGAGAACUGGACCUCAGCUACAAUGACCUGGAAGACAGAGGAGUGGAGCUGCUCUGUGAUGGACUAACCAGUCCACUCUGCAACAUACAGACACUAGUGCUAGCUGAAUGUGAACUCACACAUGAAUCCUGUGAGACUCUGACCUCAGCUCUGCAGACACCAAACUCCCCCCUGAGAGAACUGGACCUCAGCAACAAUGACCUGGGAGACAGAGGAGUGGAGCUGCUCUGUGUUGGACUAACCAGGCCACUCCGCAACAUACAGACACUAGUUCUGGGUCAGUGUGGUCUGACAGAGGGUUGCUGUUCAGAUCUGGCCUCUGUCCUGAGUUCACCCAACUCACAACUGAAACAACUGGAGCUGAGAGACAAUGACCUGCAGGACUCAGGAGUUACACUGCUGUCUGCUGGACUGGAGGAUCCAGACUGUAAACUACACACACUGGUAAGUACAGCUGUUUCAGUCAGGUCAGUACUGAGCUGAGUUACACUGCUGUCUGCUGGACUGGAGGAUCCAGACUGUAAACUACACACACUGGGGCUGUCUGGCUGUCUGGUCACAGAGGAGGGCUGUGCUGCUCUGUCUUCAGCUCUGAGGUCAAACCCCUCCCACCUGAAAGAGCUGGACCUGAGCUACAAUCACCCAGGAGACACUGCAGGGGGACUGCUGUCAGCUGCUCUGGUGGAUCCCACAUAUAAACUGAUGAAGCUGAAUGUGGAUCAUGGUGGAGAGUGCAGGCUGAAAUCAGGGCCGAGGAAAUAUGUCUGUCAUCUAACCCUGGACCCAAAUACAGCACACCCAAACCUGAUACUGUCUGAGGGGAACAGGAAGGUGACAUUGGUGGAAGAGAAUCAGCAUUAUGAAGACCAUCCAGACAGAUUUGACUGUAGUCCCGAAGUUCAAUACCCUUCAAUACCCUUUAAAUGUCGUUACCAAGUUCUCUGCAGAGAAGGCUUAUCUGGGUGUCAUUAUUACUGGGAGGUGGAGAGGGAUGGUGACGAGGCUGUCAUUGGUGUGGCGUCCAAAGGAAUGAAGAGGAAGGAAUGGUCCUGCUGGUUACUCUGCUCUAAAGAUGGUUAUGUCUUUAACCAUGCUGGAUGCAGCACAUAUAUCUCUGAUCCUGGUUCUAACAGAGUUGGAGUGUAUCUGGACUGGCCAGCUGGUAUUUUGUCCUUCUAUAGUGUGUCCUCCUCUGGUACACUGACACACCUUGAUUCAGAACACGCCAGAUUCACUGAACCCCUCUAUCCUGUGUUUGGGGUUUACUCCUCCUCCUCAGUGACCCUGUGUCAGAUAGAUGACCAACACAUUCAGAGCAGAGACCAUGGUGGAGAGAGUUGGAUCAAGCCUGGACCUGAGAAAUGGAUUCCUCAGAGCUGUAAGACUUGUGACCAUGUUGAGGACUCCACCCACUGGCUUCAGAUUGAACCCUUGACUUCCACUGUCCAGGGAGUGACAAUGUUCGGGCACAGGACACCCAAAGGCAGUUAUGAGUGCACAGUGUCUGGGAUCCGCUGGCUGUGUGAGAGAGAUGUCAUUCUGAAGUAUCACUUCAGGAACUGGGAAGCGUACAGUCACCUUCUGAAAGACAUGCAGUACACACAAGGUGGUCCAUUGCUGGACAUCACUAUGGAGUUAGGUGAACUGGAGGAAGUUCAUCUGCCACACUGUGUCUGUUUAGGGACCAACCCUUCCCUGAGGAAUGAGAUGAAGAUUCUUCAUGUAGAGGAACAUGGAGUGUCUUUAGAGGAAGUGCAUGAGGUCACCAGAUUCCAUGCUAAGAUUCUCCAUCCCAAGUUCUCAGCUAUCUCUGUUAUACUGAGCUAUAUCCUUUCUUGGAACGUAGAUGUCCACUGUGAGCUGAUGCUCUAUCUGACAGUGAUGAAGGAAACACUAAUUCCACGCCUAUACCUGUUCCCCAGUAACCCCGGCCAAAUACAGGCUGUAGAACAACAGGAAUCCAAGUUUCAAGGGUCUAAAAGGUUUCCCAACACAAGACCAGAGCAGUCCUUCAAACUGAAUAGUUCCUUCAGACUGAACAUUCCCUGUUCUACCUCCAUCAAUCCACCGAGGAUUGAUCUCAUACAUAGAGACACCACACCAAGCUUUUUCAAGGCAGUUGUGAAAAUGACAGGGAAUGACAUUGAGAUGGAGUUAUUCAGUGAUGAUGAGAGGACAGUAUGGACAGAAAUAGUAUCACGAGAUGAAUACUACCAGAACCAAGCAUUAACAGUCCCUGGGAUUCCUGCUGAGGAGUUUCUGAAGAAACACAGGGCUAAACUCAUUCAGGGAGUCAAAAACCCAAUGCCAAUAGCAGAUGAUCUGUCAUCAAAGGGCAUGAUUGGUGAUGAAGAGUACUCCAGAAUAACAGCUGAAACAACUGAACAGGAGCGAAUGAGAGAACUACUGAAUGCAGUCCUCCCUAAAGGACCAGAAGUGAUGGGAGCUUGUCUCAAAGCUCUCAGUGAACAUGAACACCAUCUUGUUAAGUACUUGAGUGAAUCUAGCGCCUAAUCUGAAGAUGCUGAGGCCUGUCUCCUAGUCUGUGGACAAAGACACUUCUUCACCUAAUCUGAAGAUGCUGAGGCCUGUCUCCUAGUCUGUGGACAAAGACACUUCUCCACCUAAUCUGAAGAUGCUGAGGCCAGUCUCCUAGUCUGUGGACAAAGACACUUCUCCACCUAAUCUGAAGAUGCUGAGGCCUGUCUCCUAGUCUGUGGACAAAGACACUUAAAUUAUUGUUAGUGAAAUUAUGUUUGCUUUUCUUUUACAAAUGUCUGUAUUUUAUUCAUGUGCUGUUCUAUAAACCAAUUUGUGUGUUCAUCAAGUGUCUGACUGUACAAAUCCUCACUAUCAGUAGCUGUAAUUUGGCAGCAAGCCCAGAUGAUGUUUUGAGAACGAGAUAUCUCAGUUUCGAGGUCUCAUCUUAGAGAGAAGAAGACUGGUGAGGUGUUGGUCUGUCAAAUGCUAUGAACCAGUAUUGCGGCUAGCUAGUUUCGAGGAUCCAGAUGAAAAUGUUCAGAGUUUGCGGUAGGAAUCCGGGGAUAUGGAGAGAAAAAUAGGUACUUUAUGCUCUGGUUUGAGUCACGUUCUACGAACUGGAGAGAGCUUUCCGAGCUAAAGGUUAGCUGAUGACCGCUAGCAGUGGUUUGCUGACUGAUAGCUGGUAGCUGGCUAGCUUCAGUUGAGGGAUUCCAGAUCCGAAGUAAGUAGAAAUACUUUAGAAAAAAAAACAGAUCCACGCCACAUUGGGUGAGGCUGGUUGCAGGAGAGUAUUUAGAAGUUGAGGUUUAAGAAAAUAUUUUUUAAAGAAUUUGAACAAAAAUAUAUAUAGAAGGGACACGACAGGACAAAGACGUCUGACUGCUACGCCAUCUUGGAUUUAUGUUGGAUCAUUCUGUUGGAUAUCUUGGAUAAUGUUUGGUUAUUUGUAUUACUGCUGUUACCAUGGCAAUUAUCUAGUAAUAAUUACUUUUAAUGCUGUUAACAAAGGUCAAUGCUAUAUUAUUAUUUGUGCUAUAAAGAAUAUUGACUUCAUUGCGUUUUUCAUAUUGUUAAGCAACAUUCUAAGUCUGCUAACAUUUCCUCAUAAAAUGUUACACAUUUCAACCAUUUGUAUUAUUUUUCAUCAUCAUCACUGCGGGACUUUUAUUUUGAAGGAAAAUCACAGAGAUCACAACCUUAUUCUUGCUAGGUCUUCUUACUGGCAGAACGGAGGUGAAGCGAAGCAGCGGCACCAUUGAGCUAUAAUAAGAGACCCUUUCCUCUACUUCCUUAUUAAUGGACUUCCUGUUUCAACACAGUGGGCGGAUUCAACACCUAUAGGUUUAUUGGUUGAUAUUUAUGUCAUGUAAAGUCUUCAUACACUUAAUACCAGUAUUCACCCUAUAAAUUAAGAUUCUAACUAAUAAAAGUGCAGUUACAUUU